AUGGCGGCAGCCCAGCUCCAGCCCUCCAACAGGCACAGCAGGUAUGACUUUGUGGAAGUGGAAGAUAUAUCAGAGACCAGCACAGUUAUACGAGGACGGUGGUGUGGACAUAAGGAAGUACCUCCAAGAAUAACAUCAAGAACAAAUCAGAUAAAGAUAACCUUCAAAUCUGAUGACUACUUUGUGGCUAAACCUGGAUUCAAGAUUUGUUACUCCCUUGUGUGUAGCUCAAAAGAGGCAGAUUUUGCAAACACUCAGGAAAUGGAUGAUUUUCAGCAUGCAGCCUCAGAAACCAACUGGGAGUCAGUCACAAGCUCUGUCUCAGGGGUAUCCUAUCCCUCUCCAUCAGUGACUGACCCUACGCUCACAGCGGAAGCACUGGAUCAGACCAUUGCUGCGUUUGACACAGUGGAGGAUCUACUCAAAUACUUUAACCCAGACUCCUGGCAAGAAGAUCUCGAGAAUUUGUACACCGACAGUGGCCACCAUUAUCGAGGCAGGAGCUACCAUGACAGGAAGUCCAAAGUUGACCUGGACAGGUUGAAUGAUGAUGUGAAACGUUACAGCUGCACUCCGAGAAACUACUCUGUCAAUUUAAGGGAGGAACUGAAGCUGACAAAUGUAGUUUUCUUCCCCCGCUGCCUCCUUGUCCAGCGCUGUGGAGGAAACUGUGGCUGUGGGACUUCGAACUGGAAAUCCUGCACGUGCAUGUCAGGGAAAACAGUGAAAAAAUAUCAUGAGGUGCUGAAAUUCGUCCCUGAGGCUGGGCAUCCCAGAAGAAGAGGCAGAACCAGAAACAACAUGGCCUUAGUAGAUAUACAGCUGGAUCAUCAUGAGCGUUGUGAUUGUAUCUGCAGUUCAAGACCACCCCGAUAA